UGGCUGGCGCCCGCACCUCCCAGUCGCUCCCAGUCCGUCGCGAGGAAAGGGCGCCCGCUUGGUCUCCACUCCGGGACCCCUGCCGAGCCUCCCUAGCCGCCGUCUCGCCGCGUGUGCCGCUGGGCUCCGCUUAGACAGAAUCUGCGAGCGCCGUGCCCGGGAAUUGCCAGCCCCGGGGAGGCGCCGCCCGCAAGGACACCUCUCCGUCCCGCUUCGUCUGCAACUCCGGUCCUUGUCGAGCUCGACGCGAGCCAGGAGUCCGGACGUCCCUCUGCGCGCGGCGCAGCAGCUCGAGCAGUCCCCGCUGACCCAGCUCGGAGCCAACUCCACCUCGACCUGGGACUCCUGACGCGAAUUCUCAGACACUUCUCACCUCGGGGCUGUGCCUGCCUCCCGCUCGCCCUUCCGCUGCCCUCCCUCUCCGCUCAGGACGGGGGUGCCAAGAUGCCCCGCUACUGCCCAGGGCCCGGGGCCGCCCCCGACGUGUGACCCCAGCCUGGUCCCCCUGCUCGGCCGUCCGCCCUCCCCUUGGAGACCCCCGGCCCGGCCCCCGGGGGAGGAGGAAGAAGACGACGAAGCCGAGGGGGGGGAUGUCCAGCUCCAAAAGCGUGAGCCCCCCGGGCUACGCGGCGCAGACAACGGCGGCGCCGGCGUCCCGGGGAGGCCCAGAACACCGCUCCGCGUGGGGUGAGGCGGACUCCCGCGCCAAUGGCUACCCUCACGCGCCUGGGGGUUCGGCCCGCGGGUCUACCAAGAAACCCGGGGGAGCGGUGACCCCGCAGAAGCAGCAGCGCCUGGCCAGUCGCUGGCGUAGCGACGACGACGACGAUCCUCCGCUGAGUGGAGACGACCCUCUGGUCGGGGGCUUCGGCUUCAGCUUCCGUUCCAAGUGCCUGGAGGAGCGGCGGGGCAAGGGCCGCGCGGCCGACGAGCUGGAGGCCGGUGCCGUCGAGGACGACGAAGAGUCCGGGGAUGGCGGUAGCUCAGCAGGUUCGGGCUCGGCGCCCGGCGCGGUGCUGUCGCUGGGCGCUUGCUGCCUGGCACUGCUGCAGAUAUUCCGCUCCAAGAAGUUCCCGUCGGACAAGCUGGAGCGGCUGUACCAGCGCUACUUCUUCCGUCUGAACCAGAGCAGCCUCACUAUGCUCAUGGCUGUGCUGGUGCUAGUGUGCCUCGUCAUGUUGGCCUUUCACGCUGCGCGGCCCCCGCUCCAGCUGCCCUACCUGGCCGUGCUGGUGGCCGCGGUGAGUGUGAUCCUCGUCAUGGCCGUGCUCUGCAACCGUGCCGCCUUCCACCAGGACCACAUGGGCCUGGCCUGCUACGCGCUCAUAGCCGUGGUGCUGGCCGUCCAGGUGGUGGGCCUCUUGCUGCCCCAGCCACGCAGCGCCUCCGAAGGCAUCUGGUGGACCGUGUUCUUCAUCUAUACCAUCUACACGCUCCUGCCUGUGCGCAUGCGGGCCGCGGUACUCAGCGGGGUGCUCCUGUCUGCCCUCCACCUGGCCAUUGCCCUGCGCACCAACGCCCAGGACCAGUUCUUGCUCAAGCAGCUUGUCUCCAAUGUCCUCAUUUUCUCCUGCACCAACAUCGUGGGUGUCUGUACCCACUACCCGGCUGAGGUCUCCCAGAGACAGGCCUUCCAGGAGACCCGGGAGUGCAUCCAGGCGCGGCUCCAUUCACAGCGGGAGAAUCAGCAGCAGGAGCGGCUCCUGCUGUCUGUCCUUCCCCGUCACGUUGCCAUGGAGAUGAAAGCAGACAUCAACGCCAAGCAGGAGGAUAUGAUGUUCCAUAAGAUUUACAUCCAGAAACAUGACAACGUGAGCAUCCUGUUUGCGGACAUUGAGGGCUUCACCAGUCUGGCAUCCCAGUGCACUGCCCAGGAGCUGGUCAUGACCCUCAAUGAGCUCUUUGCCCGCUUUGACAAGCUGGCUGCGGAGAAUCACUGUUUACGUAUUAAGAUCCUGGGAGAUUGCUAUUACUGCGUCUCGGGGCUGCCUGAAGCGAGGGCUGACCAUGCCCACUGCUGCGUGGAGAUGGGCAUGGACAUGAUUGAGGCCAUCUCGCUGGUCCGGGAGGUGACGGGUGUGAACGUGAACAUGCGUGUGGGAAUCCACAGCGGGCGAGUGCACUGCGGUGUCCUUGGUCUCAGGAAGUGGCAGUUCGACGUCUGGUCCAACGACGUCACGCUGGCCAACCACAUGGAGGCUGGAGGCAAGGCAGGACGCAUCCAUAUCACCAAGGCCACACUCAACUACUUGAAUGGCGACUACGAAGUGGAGCCAGGCUGUGGGGGCGAGCGCAACGCCUACCUCAAGGAGCACAGCAUCGAGACCUUCCUCAUCCUGCGCUGCACCCAGAAGCGGAAAGAAGAGAAGGCCAUGAUUGCCAAGAUGAAUCGCCAGAGAACCAACUCCAUCGGGCACAACCCGCCACACUGGGGGGCUGAGCGCCCCUUCUACAACCACUUGGGUGGCAACCAGGUGUCCAAGGAGAUGAAGCGGAUGGGUUUUGAAGACCCCAAGGACAAGAACGCCCAGGAAAGUGCAAACCCCGAGGAUGAAGUGGACGAAUUUCUGGGCCGUGCCAUUGACGCCAGGAGCAUCGACAGGCUGCGGUCUGAGCAUGUCCGCAAGUUCCUCUUGACCUUCAGGGAGCCUGACUUAGAGAAGAAGUACUCCAAGCAGGUGGAUGACCGAUUCGGUGCCUAUGUGGCAUGUGCCUCGCUCGUCUUCCUCUUCAUCUGCUUUGUCCAGAUCACCAUCGUGCCCCACUCUGUGUUCAUGCUGAGUUUCUAUCUGACCUGUUUCCUGCUGCUGACCUUGGUGGUGUUUGUGUCCGUGAUCUACUCCUGCGUGAAGCUCUUUCCGGCCCCGCUGCAGACCCUCUCCAGGAAGAUCGUACGGUCCAAGAUGAACAGCACCCUGGUGGGGGUGUUCACCAUCACCCUGGUGUUCCUGUCGGCUUUUGUCAACAUGUUCACCUGCAACUCCAAGGACCUGUUUGGCUGCCUGGCAGAUGAGCACAAUGUCAGCGUCAGCCAAGUCAACGCGUGCCAUGUGGUGGAGUCGGCCGUCAACUACAGCCUGGGGGACGAGCGGGGCUUCUGCGGCAGCUCCUGGCCCAACUGCAACUUCCCCGAGUACUUCACCUACAGCGUGCUGCUCUGCCUGCUGGCCUGCUCCGUGUUCCUGCAGAUCAGCUGCAUUGGGAAGCUGGUGCUCAUGCUGGCCAUUGAGCUCGUCUACGUGCUGGUCGUCGAGGUGCCUGGUGUCACACUCUUUGACAACGCCGACCUGCUGGUCACCGCCAACGCCAUAGACUUCAGCAACAACGGGACCUCCCAGUGCCCUGAGCACGCGACCAAGGUGGCACUGAAGGUGGUGACGCCCAUCAUCAUCUCCGUCUUCGUGCUGGCCCUGUACCUGCAUGCCCAGCAGGUGGAGUCCACCGCCCGCCUUGACUUCCUCUGGAAACUGCAGGCCACGGAGGAGAAGGAAGAGAUGGAGGAGUUGCAGGCCUACAACCGGCGGCUGCUGCACAACAUCCUGCCCAAGGACGUGGCUGCGCACUUCCUGGCCCGCGAGCGGCGCAACGACGAGCUCUACUACCAGUCGUGCGAGUGCGUGGCCGUCAUGUUCGCCUCCAUCGCCAACUUCUCCGAGUUCUACGUGGAGCUGGAGGCCAACAACGAGGGCGUUGAGUGCCUGCGGCUGCUCAACGAGAUCAUUGCCGACUUCGAUGAGAUCAUCAGCGAGGAUCGGUUCAGACAGCUAGAAAAGAUCAAGACCAUUGGCAGCACCUACAUGGCCGCCUCAGGCCUCAACGACUCCACCUACGACAAGGUGGGCAAGACCCACAUCAAAGCUCUCGCUGACUUCGCCAUGAAGCUGAUGGACCAAAUGAAGUACAUCAACGAGCACUCGUUCAACAACUUCCAGAUGAAGAUUGGGCUUAAUAUUGGCCCCGUGGUGGCAGGGGUUAUUGGGGCCCGCAAGCCUCAGUACGACAUCUGGGGCAAUACAGUGAACGUGGCCAGCCGCAUGGACAGUACUGGUGUGCCCGACCGCAUCCAGGUGAGUGCAGGAACAUCCACCCCACCCACAUGGGGGCCUCUGUGUGUUGCUAAGUGGUCUUCUAGCAGCCCCCACAGUUGCCAGUCAGAAUUUCUGCAGCCGAUUUGAGGAUGAUGGGGAAGUUGGCACUGAUGUCUUGAAAGCUUGGGGAACGCAAUUGUGUUUCAGGCCCUCAGUACCUUGGACAGAUCUUCUAUCCUGUGCAAAGCCCUCUACUGGCCACAGAUGGAACUGGGGGCGUUGGGGGUAGCCAGCUGCUGAUGCCAGGCUAGAAGUGCUAAGGGACAACCCAGCCACCCACAGGGGACACAAGAUGACCGCAGGGAGCAGGGUCUUGCCAC